GAAAAAUCAUCAUAUCGUGGUUUUUUGAUUUUUUGUCGUGACGAAGUCAUUACCUUAUCAUCGAUUUCAAAAGACUUGUUUUACCUUGAUGAUUUUUGGUCUUUAAAGCUUUUGAAAGAAGCGGAGAAUUUUGAAUCGAAUAAAAUUAAUUUUGAUGAUUUAAAAGAAAAG